CGGCUGCGCACGCAACACUUUCCGAAGGAUCAUCUGUUUCCCAACAAACACAGAAAACAUAAAAUUAACAGUUUAUCAUCCUUUUCCCUGAUAUAUAUUGCAGUAUACCAUACAACUACAAUCCUGGCUAAUCCUGGCAUGAGCCAGAUGAGGUGUGGUGCCUAUGGCCGAUCCAGUUGAUUGUCAGUCUAGUGGGGGGAGUAAACAACACACACGCAAAACAGGGGCCAGACACACAAAUAGAGAGAUUAGCAGUCCAGCCAUAGCAAGGCGGACAAGGAGUAGGGAUAGGCAAUCAGAGGACACUGAGGUUACAAUCAAGCAAGAAAAACCUGUCAGGGAAGGCUCAAGAGAAAAGAAAUUUGGAAUAAACGUUAAUCAGAAUUUGAACGCCAAUUCAUCAGAGAGCUCUACAGAAUUUUCUACACAGAGAAGAAGGAGAUCUAGUUCUGGUAGUUCUAAAUCUAAAACUUCUCUACAGUCAAACUCUAGUACAAAGGUAGACAGGGGUAGGAAAAGGUCACAAAGUGAAGAAAGUGUAGGUGUAUUGUCAACAUCACCACCAGGUAGUAGUGGGACAAAGGGCAGAGAUAGGUCUGCCUCGGGUGUGUUCAGUGAAAGAAGUGGAGUUAAUUCAUCUUGUGCAAAGUCAUCUGCAAGUUCAGCAUCUGUUAAAAAUUCUUCAUCAAAGUCAUCAUCAAGAUCUAGAAAAAGGAGUGGUCCGGUGUCUGCAGCAUCAAGUUCUUUAUCAAGCAUUGACUUAGAGACUGCUUCGGCAGUAUCAUCACGUUCCUCUAAAGUUUCUGUGAGCUCUUCAAAGACAAGGAGCAAUAGCGGCUCUAGUUUAACAUCUGUGUCUAGUGAGGGUCUGCUGACUGGGAAUUGUGAAAAGUGUAGACUGGUUAAAAAAGCUAGAAAAGGAAAGGAAACUGAGGUUAGGGUCAAAUCCACUAGAACUUGGUCUGUAAGUGUAGCGGACAUUCCUAACACUGAGUGCACUUCACAUAAUAUAUCAUCAGGAAAAUCCUCAGCGUCAUCGUUGUUUAGUGAUACAUUUAAAGGUAAAAUAGAGGAGUGUGGGACUGGUCAGACUUUAUCAAGGUCAAUAAAACAAAGUCUUAGGCCAAGUACGCAAGCACAGUCACGUGCUGAGGUGGGAACAUACCGUGUGUCUCGUAAACGUUCAAACGUAGCAAAAUCAUCAACUUCUGUUGUAGAACCUGUUGCUAAGUGCAGCAAGGUGGAAUCUAGAACUGACAGUGAUAUUAAGUUGGAGAAAAAAAUAGAAGUCAGUGUUACUAAUCACGGUAUUCACGAACAGGCAUUGCCAGCUAGUUUUAUUAUUGCUGGUACUAGUUAUUCUAGAGACAAUAACCCAACACAGCCACCAAAGAAAAAAUCCAAGUUGGAUAAAAAGGCAAAAAAGAAAGACAAAAGUUCUCACAAAUUGGAGAGUCCAAAAGGUGCUACGGGGAGUUCUACUUCAAAGUCAUCUCCGCCGGAGCUGAACAGCUUACGGCGGCAUACUCGGGCAAAGAAGACGGGCUCCUGUGCUAGUAGUAGUGGUCGGCAGUCUUCUUCACUGUCCAAGCGUCACCAGCAAGGUCGUACUAAUCCACCAACAGCCCAGGGAUCUGGGUCAACUGUGGCAGCAAGUUGUAGUACGAGUGGAGGGGGAAUAGCCAAACCACUAUCAGCACUCAUGUCAGACAGCGAGAACUCUGUGUCGGGAGGGGGAGGUCCUUCAAAGACACCUCAAGAUGAUAAUACACAGUCAACAGGACUUGCUCCAAGUACUGGAGGUGCAACUGCAAUGACGUCAGAGAGCGAGUCCGAGGAGGCUGAUAUGGGCAGACUUCAAGCUUUACUGGAGGCAAGGGGUCUGCCAUCACAGCUGUUUGGAGCACUUGGUCCCAGAAUGCACCAGUUACUACACAGAACAAUGGGCAGUAAUAGUUCAAUGAACAAAGCCCAGCAGUUGUUACAGGGUUUACAGGCAACAGGGAAUGAAGACCAGCAGCUGUCUGCUGUCAUUGAAAUGUGCCAGAUGUUGGUAAUGGGGAAUGAAGACACAUUGGCAGGUUUCCCAGUGAAGCAAGUUGUACCAGCCUUAAUUACACUGCUACAAAUGGAACACAACUUUGAUAUGAUGAAUCAUGCCUGUAGGGCUCUCACAUACAUGAUGGAAGCCCUUCCUAGGUCCUCUGCAGUUGUCGUUGAUGCAGUACCAGUGUUUUUAGAAAAGUUACAAGUUAUACAGUGUAUGGAUGUGGCAGAACAAGCCUUGACAGGCCUGGAAUCACUGUCAAAGAAACACAGCAAGGCCAUUUUACAAGCUGGAGGUAUUGCAGCAUGUUUGAUGUUCCUGGAUUUCUUCAGUAUAAAUGCCCAGCGUUGUGCUCUAGCAAUCACUGCCAACUGUGUUCUCAAUAUGACCAGUGAAGAGUUCCACUAUAUCAGAGAUUCUGUACCGUUGCUGAGUGCAAGGCUUACACACCAGGACAAGAGGUCUGUGGAAAGUGUGUGCCUGUGUUUUGCUCGCCUUGUUGACAAUUUCCAGAAUGACAGAAGAAUACUAAAGGAGAUAGCUGUACAGGGUCUUCUCACAAACAUUCAGCAACUGCUUGUUGUGAGCCCACCAGUUGUAAGCACUGGGACGUUUGUAAUGGUGAUACGUAUGCUGGCCAUAAUGUGUGGAAACUGUCCUGACCUUGCUGUCGUCCUACUUAGACAGAAGGUUGCUGAUACACUGUGUUAUCUACUUGUUGGAACUUCAGAAGAAGCUACAAAGAGUAUAGAAUUGGUCUCUAGAACUCCACAGGAACUUUAUGAAAUAGUUUGUUUAAUAGGGGAGUUGCUACCAGUGUUGCCAUCAGAUGGGAUAUUUGCAAUAGAUAAUUUAAUGAGGAAAGGAUCACUGACCCAUGUGGAUGCUGUCAUCUGGCAAUGGAAGGAUGAUAGAAACAUGUGGCAUUCUUACUCUCCCAUAGACAGUAAAAUCAUAGAGGCGGCCCAUCAGUCAGGUGAAGAUGAAGUAAGUCUAUCAACAAUGGGCCGAGCGUAUACAAUAGACUUCAGCACAAUGCAACAAAUCAACGAAGACACAGGAACUGCCAGAAAUGUACAAAGAAAGCCUAAUCCAUUUGCAUCUACAAACACUCAGUCUAGCUCUGGUUCAAGUUCGGAGACAGACUUGGAGCGUUGUGAUUCCAGAGCGGAAGUUUUAAAGGAGGAUACAGAUCUGGCCUCGUCCUUCAUCAAAACAUUGUUUUCUGUUUUGUAUGAAGUUUAUAGCUCAUCAGCUGGACCUACAGUACGACACAAAUGUCUCCAGACGUUAUUACGUAUGAUAUAUUAUAGCAGUGCUGAUCUCUUGAAAGAUGUUCUCAAAUCUCAACCAGUCUCUAGUCAUAUAGCAGCCAUGAUGGCAUCCCAGGAUUUGAAAGUUGUAGUUGGUGGGAUACAGAUGGCUGAAACUCUGAUGCAGAAACUACCAGAUAUAUUUAAUGUGUUUUUCAGACGAGAAGGUGUUAUGCAUCAGAUGAAGAAAUUAAGCGAGAUUGACCCUCAAGCUGUGACCCCAGUUAAGCCCCCUCAGCCCCAGCAGUCCCCUCUCAGCUCUGGUUCCCUGGUUAGCAUCAGCAGUAGUGGAACCAGCUGUAGUGCAGGGUCAGCAGAAGCAGAUAAGAAAGAGCUGGACAUGUGUUUAAGUCUGGCAGAGGGUUCGUCAAGUACGUCUACAGAUGAUCACGAAACUGGUGCUACUCAAAUGAGACUCAGUGAUGUUCUGAAACGAAAGAAACCUCCAAAACGACCUGCGAGAAAAAAUAACAAGAAUGAUGACAGUCCAGAAGUAGAUAAAAAAGCAUUAGGUGUUGGUCGAUCAAGUCGUAGUAAAGGCUCGUCGAAGGAGAAGAGUAGCAGUAGUUCAUCAUCCAAAAUGUCUUUCUUGCCGAGUUUGAACCCACGAAGCUGGGGAAAGCUUGGUAGUUCAUCAUCGUCAUCAUCAUCCUCAGAUAGACCUCUCCUAUCCAAGUAUUCUAGUCUCAAACCUGUUCAACCUGCUUUACCAAACAAUAAAGACAAGAUUAAAACUUGGAUAAAAGAGCAAGCCACAAGGUUCUUAGAGCAGUAUUUCUCAGAAGAGGCCCAGCCUGGCAGUCAUCCGGCUCUGUCAACAUUGAACAAACUGUGUACAGCUACAGAGAAUCUCAGUCUGGAGGAUGAUGUAGGAAUGGAAGCAUUACUGGAUAUAUCUGUGAUAAUGAAAGAUAGUGACGUUUCUCCUUUCGAGGUGAUACACAGUGGGCUUGUGAAGAAGUUGCUGCUUUAUUUAACAUCAAUGGAAGGGACGGUUCCUCGAGAUGUCAGAAUUAGACGGUUUCUUCAUGUCUUCCUUAAUUGUCCUUCUCCAGAUAUUGUGCAUCUGAAGGAGAUCAACAUGCCUGACAGUGAGGUGCCGUGUUCUAUGUUACCCCUUGUACAGAAGUUAAUGGCUUGUUUACACCAGCUGGAACAAUUCCAAGUCAAAGUUCAUGACCUACCUGGUGGCAAUUCUUCAACUGGGAGAGGCUCAAAUGCUCUCAAGUUCUUUAACACACAUCAGCUUAAGUGUUUGCUGCAAAAGCACCCAUCUUGCAAUACAUUGAAACAGUGGAAAGGAGGUCCGGUGAAGAUAGAUCCUCUUGCACUUGUUCAAGCUAUAGAAAGGUACCUGAUCAUGAGAGGCUAUGGUAGACAAAAGGAUGCUGAUGAUGAUGGUAGUGAUGAUGACAACUCUGACGAAGAUCUGGAUGAUACUAUGGCUGCUGUGUUUAUUAGCCAAGGUCAAGCACGGCACAGACUGGAGUUUCUGAUCGGAGAUAGGGUGUUGCCAUAUAACAUGACUGUGUACCAGGCAAUAAAACAAUACAGUAACUGUCCUGACAGGGAGGGUAGUGAGACAGAUACAGAUACAGAAAAUCCUGUUGGUCACGCUAGUAUCUGGGUCCAGACACAUACAAUUUGGUACCGUCCAGCCCCAGAGUCCGAUGAGUCCGUUGUUACAAGUCCCAAGAAAACAAAAUCAGAAACUAAAGCAGCAAAAUCAAGUCAUAAAAGAAAAUCAGAAGAUUUGUGGACUGAGUCAGAGUUUUCUAUUUCUGCAGAUGGAAGUUGUCCUGUGAUAGUUCCAGCACUGAAUGCUUACUUGACAGAAAAACUGCCGGCGUUUGUAACAGUGCAAGAUGCUUCCCUUGAAGUUAUAGCCUUACUGAGGAUACUACAUGCAUUUAAUAGAUACUGGUCCACUGUUUAUGAGGUGCCGUCAUAUUACGCAAAGCCCAUUUUGUCAAAAUCUGAGUUUAUCAGUUCAAAACUGAUGGCGAAGGCAAACAGGCAGCUACAGGAUCCUCUGGUAAUAAUGACAGGAAAUUUACCAACUUGGCUGGCUGAAAUAGCAGCUGCUGCACCAUUCCUGUUCCCAUUUGACACUCGUCAGUUGCUGUUCUAUGCAACCACCUUUGACAGAGAUAGAGCCCUGUUGAGGUUACAGGAUAACUCUGUAGACACCACUGCCAAUGACUCAAGUGACAGAGUCGCCCCUAGAUUAGAUAAACGCAAGCGUAUGGUCAGUAGAACAGAUUUGCUCAAACAAGCUGAGAAGGUGAUGGAAGACUUGGCCAGCUCAAGGGCCAUGUUAGAAAUACAGUAUGAAAAUGAGGUUGGUACUGGGUUAGGACCAACUUUAGAGUUCUACGCCUUGGUGUCACGAGAUCUUCAGAGAGCAGACUUGGAGCUAUGGAGAGGAGAUGCAGUGGUUGAAAAAGAUUCUUCAGGUAUUGAGACCGGUAACCAGUAUAUUUACUCUCCAUGUGGAUUGUUCCCUGUUCCUCUUGCAAGAAAUACAAAAGCAACUGUGGUAAACAGAAUGAAAGCAAAGACCAAAUUUAUGGGAAAGUUGAUGGCAAAGUCUCUUAUGGACUCCAGAAUGCUGGACAUUCCAUUUAGCCGGGUUUUCUUCAAGUGGUUGCUGGGUCAGGAACACAGUUUGACGUCCAGUGACUUACAGUAUGUAGAUCAGGUUGUCUCAAAGUCUUUCAAUCAGUUAGAGGAUAUUCUACGACAGAAACAGAGGAUCCUAGCUGAUAAAUCGCAUACGGAGGAGAGUCGCAGAUUGGCACUGGACAAUCUCACCAUGGAUGGAUGCAGUAUAGAAGAUCUCGACUUAGAUUUCACCUUGCCAGGAUACCCAAAUAUAGAACUGAAAAAGGGUGGCAAGGAUAAACAUGUGACAUUAGAAAAUCUGGAGGAGUAUUUGCAGUUGGUGACCCACUGGAGUUUGGUGGAAGGUGUAUCACGACAAUUUGAGUCACUGAGGGAAGGAUUUGAGUCUGUGUUCCCACUGAGUUCACUGCAAAGUUUCUAUCCAGAGGAGUUGGAGUUAUUAUUCUGUGGACACAACGAAGAAUUGUGGGAUGCCAAAGUUUUGAUGGAGUGCUGUCGCCCAGAUCAUGGGUAUAAUCAUGACAGUCGAGCGGUGAAAUUUCUCUAUGAGAUACUCAGUUCUUAUACACCAGAUGAACAAAGAAUGUUUUUGCAGUUUGUGACAGGGUCACCAAAGUUGCCAGUUGGAGGUUUCCGAAGUCUGAGUCCACCACUGACAAUUGUUCGCAAAAGUUUUGAAUCCUCAGAAAAUCCAGACAAUUUUCUUCCGUCAGUAAUGACAUGUGUUAAUUAUCUUAAACUGCCGGACUAUUCCACCGUGGAAAUCAUGCGUGACAAACUUCACCUUGCUGCUAGUGAAGGACAACUCUCAUUCCACUUAUCAUGAUUAUUGCUGUAUCCAGAAGAAUUACCUCUCCUUAAAGUGAAAAAAAAUGAACUAAAUUGUCUUGUUACAAGAGAAUUUAAUGAGAAGACAGUAGUUUUGUGUGAUUUUAGCAGAAUUUACUGGUGACAUUUUUGGGAUAGACUUACAGCAUAAUUUCUCCAAGGAUAUUAAGCAUUUAAGUAGUCUAAUACCACAUAGUGUAGAUAUGAAGUCAAUGUAGUCAUUCUUUAUAAUAAUGGGAUAUAAUCUGAGCAGGCUUCCUAGAAUAUAGCCUUCUAAAUGAAGAGAAACAGUAUAAUCAUCGCUCAGGCAGUUUGUAGAACAUAAUUUUAGCGAGCAGGCGGCUGAAUGGGCAUUACCAUUUUAUCAUCUGGGUACAUGUUUACAAAGACUUGAAAGGAUUAGACACAUUGGUAUAGUUUGUGUAUAUUUGUUCAUAAUAUUGUGGCCGAGUGGUUAAGGUCGCUGACUUCAAAUCACUUGCCCCUCAUCAGUGUGGGUUCGAGCCUCACUCAAGGUGUUGAAUUCUUCAUGUGAGGAAGGUGGUAGGUUCUACCCAGGUGCCCGCUUGUGCUGAAAUAAUACAUGGAGGGGCAUCUGGGGUCUUCCUCUACCAUCAAAGCUGGAAAGUCGCCAUAUGACCUAAAAUUAUGUCAGUGCAACAUAAACCCAGCAAAAUAAAUAAAUCCAAUAAACCUGUCAAACUGAAAGUUAGUAGAGAUGUUAUUAUAAUACUUGUAACUUUUUUAUGGUUAUACAAUUGAACUCAUCUUUGAAACCCUUGUUGAUACUAAAAGAAUUAAAUCAAAUGUUAGUUAAGUUUGUACUAAAGUGAUUAAGGCUACAUCUAAUGGUAAUUGUCUUACCUUAUGAUUACAACAAGCGAUGAUUGCAAACUAUCUGUAUAUUAAUAUCUGUCUAUGAAUACCAUCUUUGGGAAUGGAAAGAGGUGUUAACAGUUUGGGCUGUUAGAAAAGUUAAAGAUGUUUAGCAUGAAGAAAACAUACUGGCUUCUUGAAGCAGGUUUUAUGCCUAGAGUCAUUCUUUGCCAACAUCAGUCUGUACAGAUGCGGUCUCUGUUUGAAGAUGGUCUGUUGUAUGGGUUCGAUUGCAUACAGUAUCCAGGUAAUCUGUUGCAAAAGGUAUUUUGUGUUAACAUUUCUUUGACGUUUUUGUGCAUAGAUAAUGCAUCAUUUGACACAGUUUAGAUACUUGCCCAGUGGUCAUAUAAGUUCUGUAGAUUGUUGCAGUGUUGUGCAAGAAACAUACGUUACACUUGUUUGCUUCCCAUUCAAAAUGCAAGUCAUGACAUUGUCAAAUGAACUAUAUAUUUAAGUUAUGGUCCUUGGGAGAACCAAAGAGUCUCCCUCAUAUCAUAAUUUUGGGAUUAUGAACUGACAACAUAAUUACAAUAUCCCUUACUUUAUGACAGCAUUGUAAUGUUUCAGAUUAUACUCUUGUUUCUGUUUUGCAAAGGAUCUUUUCCCAAUUUAUACCAUUAAAAGUCAAUAGUGUUCUGACAGAGUGGAUUUAGGCCAGUUUUUGCCAACACUAGUCUGUUCAAAUACACCACAUAUAACUAUAGACUUCCUUGUGAAGUUACAAAAGGUUUUGCCCUGUAGCGUCCCUCUCUAGGUUUAAACCAUUCAUUGACUGUAUUGUGAUGGUUUCAAGUUUGGUAUUCAACUUUCCAAACAAACUCGGUAUAAUUGUAGACUGCAUAUCAUAGUUAAACUGAAUUGUCCCUGUGUAAACUAUUUGAUGUAUAUAUUCUUGUUGUUAUUUUUUGGAAAGUAAUUAUUGUUUGUUUAGAACCCAUCAUGUAUUGAGUUUAUUUUUUUGUGCUUUUUCGUUAGAUGUUGUUUUCAUAAUUUAAGUUGGUUUAAUAUGUUUAUUUAACAACUGGUGUUAACUGUAUAGAGGGUGGAUGUAUAGUUGGAGAAUUUGGAGAAUGUUAAAUAUAGAGCAAUAAGUUCUAGCAAAGUAUGUGCUUUUAUGUUAGUGCAGUUGGUAAUUUAUAUUUUCAUAAAAUAGGGGGGUGUUUUGUAAAAUGAAAAUUAGGCGCGAGGUUUCUUCUAUACAUGUUGUUUUUUUCCAGAUUAAGCUUUUGUACUAAUUCAUAGCCCACAUACAUUGAGCAAUUUAUUUCAAGUAUUAGGGGCUGUUGAAGAAGUCGUAAAUUGUUGGAAAAACUAGUUUAGCAUAAUAUAAACAGGAUUGCUUAUAGAGAUUUCUGAAAUAGUGAUUUUUGUUAGUUAUUUGUUGUGAACAUUUAAACUUUGUUUUUUUAAUUAAUGUAAAGUUAAAUGGGAAAGUUAAUAAAGUAUAUCUUUUGAGCUGAAGUAUUGGGUAACUAAUAAAAGUCUUGGAAGUUAUUAAGCCUUAUGCUAAUUUGGUUUUGGGUCACUGUGUUCAACCUAGUUCUGCAGAAUUGAUGUUGUUGUUGUUGUUUUCAAACAGGGUGUCUCUGAAUACACCAAAAGCAAACUACAUAUUGAUAAAUUUCUAGUCUUUAAUUAAAGAGGGCAAAUAAUGUACUUACUUGGUUUUUCGUUUGUUGAAAUAUAGUUGUUACAUAAUAAUGCUAACAAUUCUUGAAAAAUACUGAUAAAAAUUGAAAGAAAUUAUUCCUUUACAGUUACAAAGAUAGAUAAGUUUAUUUUAUCCUACACUAAUAGUGCUGCUACAGUUUUUUAGCUCGACUAUUCAUAGAAUAGUGAGCUAUUGCACUCGCCCAUGCGUCGGCGUCCGCGUCCCGAUUUUGGUUAAGGUUUUGUAUGUAAGCUGGUAUCUCAGUAACGACUUGUGGGAAUGGAUUGAAACUUCACACACUUAUUCACUGUGACAAACUGACUUAUAUUGCACAGGUUCCAUAACUCUAUUUUGCUUUUUUACAAAAUUAUGCCCCUUUUUCGACUUAGAAAUUUUUGGUUAAGGUUUUGUAUGUAAGCUGGUAACUCAGUAACCACUUGUGGGAAUGGAUUGAAACUUCACACACUUAUUCACUGUGAUGAACUGACUUACAUUGCACAGGUUCCAUAACUCUAUUUUGCUUUUUUACAAAAUUAUGCCCCUUUUUCGACUUAGAAAUUUUUGGUUAAGGUUUUGUAUGUAAGCUGGUAACUCAGUAACCACUUGUGGGAAUGGAUUGAAACUUCACACACUUAUUCACUGUGAUGAACUGAUCUACAUUGCACAGGUUCCAUAACUCUGUUUCGCUUUUUUACAAAAUUAUGCCCCUUUUUCGACUUAGAAAUUUUUGGUUAAGGUUUUGUAUAUAAGCUGGUAUCUCAGUACUUACUAAUGGGAAUGGAUUGAAACUUCACAUACUUGUUCAAUAUCAUGAUCUGACAUGCACUAAGCAAGUCCCAUAACUCUACUCUCUUUUUUUUCAAAAUUAUGCCCCUUUUUCGACUUAGCAGUUUUUGGUUAAAUUUUUGUAUGUAAUCUGAUAUCUCAGUAUCCACUAAUUGGAAUGGAUUGAAAUUUCACACACUUGUUCACUGUCAUGAUCUAACAUGCACUGUGAAGGUCCCAUAACUCUACUUGGCAUUUUUACAAAAUUAUGCCCCUUUGACUUAGCAGUGUUUUGUUAAGUUUUUGUAUGUAAGCUGGUAUCUCAGUAUCCACAUAUUGGAAAGGAUUGAAACUUCACACACUUGUUCACUGUCAUGAUAUGACAUGCAGUACAGAGGUUCAAUACCUCUACUUUGCAUUUUACAAAAUUAUGCCCCUUUUUCAACUUUUGUAUUCAUUCAAUUGACAAGGCUGUUGAAUAGUCGAGCGUUGCUGUCCUCCGACAGCUCUUGUUUUACUCCCACUGUGUUAGUGACCAUGUAGGCAUAUAGCGUUUGAACUGUCAGUCUGUUUAUCCUUGGGACUAUCUUUCUUGUGUACUUACCACCUCCCACAGUUUCCAUCCGAUUCAAAUGAAAUUUGGUUUUUCGUUAUCAACAUGAAAUAGACAUGUUUUUAUUUUUGAGACUUUCUUGCCCCUUUUUAUACGCCAGUCUCUGCAGGUGCGGGGCAUAUUAUGCCAAUAACAGAGGCGGGCGGGCGGCGUCCAAAUGCAUGUCUGCUCUCUUCGUCAAAAAGUUUUCAUCCGAUCUUCACCAAACUUGGUGAUAAUGUUUGUGGUCAUAAUAUCUCGGGCCAAGUCCGAUAACCAGCAAAAUCACACCAGGCAUUCUUAGUUAUGGCCCUUUAAUUACUCAAAAUUUGUCCACCUUGUCAAACAGUUUUCAUCCGAUCUUCACCAAACUUGGUGACAAUGUUUGUGGGCAUAACAUCUCGGCCAAGUUUGAUAACCAGCAAAAUCGCCUUAGGCACUCUUGGAUUAUGGCACUCUUGAGUUAUGGCCCUUGAAUUACUAAAAAAUCUGCAAUAUUAGCCUUGUCCGCCCUCUAAGUCGAAUAGUUUUUAUCCGAUCUUCACCAAACUUAGUGACAAUGUUUGUGGGCAUAUUAUCUUGGCUAAGUUCGAUAACCAGCAAAAUCGCCUUAGGCACUCUUGGAUUAUGGCCCUUGAAUUACUCAAAAAUCUGCAAAUUGAACCUUGUCCGCUCUCCAAGUCGAACAGUUUUCAUCCAAUCUUCACCAAACUUGCUGACAUUGUUUACAGGUUAAAUAUCUCAGCCAGGUUCAAUAACCAGCCAAAUGCCUCAGGCACUCUUGGAUUAUGGCCCUUGAUUUAGGCCAAAUUUGAUGACAGGUGUAUUUUGUGACAGUCUGCCACUCUUGUUUUUACUUAGUCACUUUACAUCUACAUCUGAAAAAUGUCUGCUCAACUCCUACAGUUUCUAUCCAGUUAAGAUGAAACUUGGUAUUCAUCAUCAGUAUGAAGUGGACAUAUUCGUAAUUCCGGGUUUGCCCUUGUUCAUGUGUCAGACUUUGUGUCAUCCAUAUCUCAAAAAGUAUUUGACCUAGAGUGAUCAUACGUCACAGGAUUGAUUUUCAGCAUAUGAAAUUGUGCACCUGAUGUUUUAAUUUAAAUUAACAUGACCAGACUAGAGUUAUGGCCCUUGACUAAGUAAAAACAAAUGCAUAUAGUCAAAAAGAUUGGGGGCAUCAGUGUUCUAUUGACAAACAUAGAGUUUGAGUUACGCCCUUUUUUGGACUUACUUAUAUAUAUCAAAAUCUGUACCUUGUGUACUCACUUCCUACAUUUUUCAUCCAAUUCAGAUAGAACUUUUUAUUGAGCAGACAUACACAUACUGUUUGGAAUUUCAUUUGAGGAUUUUUGUUGUCAUUUUGGUGGUGGGGGGAGGAGAUGUUGCAUUUGGCUUCUUUUUGACAAUAUUUUAUUUUAUCAAGCAUUUCCGAGGGGCAUUUGUCAUACAAUGUUGACAUCAUUCUUGUUAGCUCACCUGUCACAAAGUGACAAGGUGAGCUUUUGUGAUCACGUAGCGUUCGUCGUCCGUCCGUCCAUGCGUAAACUUUUGCUUGUGACCACUCUAGAGGACACAGUUUUCAUGGGAUCUUUAUGAAAAUUAGUCAGAAUGUUCAACUUGAUGAUAUCUAGGUCAAGUUCGAAACUGGGUCACGUGCAUUCAAAAAAUAGGUCAGUAGGUCAAAUAGAAGCCUUAUUUUUCAUGGGAUCUGCAUGAAAAUUGGUCAGAAUGUUCAUCUUGAUGAUAUCUAGGUUAAGUUCGAAACUGGGUCAACUGCGGUCCAAAAACUAGGUCUAAAAAUAAAAAAACCUUGUGACCUCUCUAGAGGCCAUAUUUUUCAUAAGAUCUUCAUGAAAAUUGGUCAGAAUGUUCAUCUUGAUGAUAUCUAGGUCAAGUUCGAAACUGGGUCACGUCCAAUCCAAAACUAGGUCAGUAGGUUAUUUUUCAUGGGAUCUGCAUGAAAAUUGGUCAGAAUGUUCAUCUUGAUGAUAUCUAGGUUCAGUUCGAAACUGGAUCAACUGCGGUCCAAAAACUAGGUCAGUAGGUCAAAUAAUAGAAAAACCUUCUGACCUCUCUAGAGGCCAUAUUUUUCACAAGAUCUUCAUGAAAAUUGAUCAGAAUGUUCAUCUGGAUGAUAUCUAGGUCAAGUUUGAAACUGGUUCACGUGCAGUCUAAAAGUAGGUCAUUAGGUCAAAUAAUACAAAAACCUUGUCACCUCUCUAGAGGUCAGAUUUUUCAUGGGAUCUGCAUGAAAAUUGGUCAGAAUGUUCAUUUUGAUGAUAUCUAGGUCAAGCACGAAACUAGGUCAUGUGCGGUCAAAAACUAGGUAAGUAGGUCAUAUAAUAGGAAAACCUUGUGACCUCUGUAGAGGCCAUAUUUAUCAUGGGAUCUGCAUGAAAAUUGGUCAGAAUGUUUAUCUUGAUGAUACUUAGGCCAAGUUCGAAACUGGGUCACAUGCAGUCAAAAACUAGGUCAGUAGGUCAAAUAAUAGAAAAACCUUGUGACCACUCUUAGAGGCCAUAUUUUUCAUGGGAUCUGUAUGAAAGUUGGUCUGAAUGUUCAUCUUGAUGAUAUCUAGGUCAAGCUUGAAACUGGGUCAACUGCGAUCUAAAACUAGGUCACUAGGUCUAAACAUAGAAAAACCUUUUGACCUCUCUAGAGGCCAUAUUUUUUAAUGGAUCUUCAUGAAAAUUGGUGAGAAUGUUCACCUUGAUGAUAUCCAGGUCAAGUUUGAAACUGGGUCACAUGCGGUCAAAAAGUAGGUCAGUAGGUCUAAAAAUAGAAAAACCUUGUGACCUCUGUGAAGGCCAUAUUUUUCAUGAGAUCUUCAUGAAAAUUGGUCAGAAUGUUCACCUUGAUGAUAUCUAGGUCAAGUACAAAACUGGGUCACAUGCCUUCAAAAACUAGGUCAUUAUUUGACCUUCUUGUCCUUAAGUGCAAUGAUAACAGGUGAGCGAUAUAGGGCCAUUUUGGCCCUCUUGUUUUUUCAUUGUUGUUGAAUCAAAACCCAGCAAGACUUGUUAAUUUUUUCUCUCAUAAGGUAGCCAUCCAGCUGUCAUAGAGAAGAUAAUCAAUUUAAUUUCAUGGUUUACCGGUAGGUUAAUUUCAUGGUUUAGGUCAAUUUCAUGGUUUAGGUCAAAACAGAUAUUCAAUGGCAUAUUAAAUGUGUAUUUCAACUUUAAGACAUUAAAUGAAUGGGACUUUGUUUGUUUGUAUAAAACUUCAUGCACUCACUUGACCAUGAAGUUGACCCCACCCCCGCAAUGAUUAUUGUGGGAUUUUGCAUGAUGUAGGAGGUACUAUGAAAUCAUAAUGAUUUUGUUAGCAUAAAAUUUAAUGGCUUUUCACUAUUAUAGCGGCUAUUUUGUUGGGGCUUAAAAUCUUGGAUUUUUAUGUUAAAAGAAAAAGUAAGUUGGAAUAUCCAAAGUCCUUUGUAUUUGAUUUCAAAGAUUGAACAACCAAGAAACUCCCCACGAGUAUCAAUGAUUUAACUGUAUAUGGGAUACAGAAUUCAGUAGGCAUUCCUUAAAAGUUGUGUUGCAAUGAUGAGAAAAGAGUUGCAUUACCCCCUCCCCUUGCAAAAAACAGCAUUUAAAGUCCUUACACUUUUAGAUAAUUGGAGCCCUCAGUUUGGCACCAUAUACCUCAUCUGUUGAACAGUUCCUCUCAAUGCAAGCCGAGUUCAAAUUUUGAAAUUAACAGCCAGGUCUUAUGAAUUAUUUUUAGAAUGGGACCUUUCUUUUCCGUAUGUAUGAUACCACCUUGCUAUUGAGAAACAGAAUAUUCAGGAAUCACACAUUUGUGUUUACUUCUUGCCACGCAUAUGUAAUGGUUUAUACUGGCACCAGGGGUCAAAUUAUUUCAUCCGUGGAUGCCUCCCUGCUUUCAUGUUGAGUCCAUCUAAGUUAAUUUGUUCUCCUUAGCUGGUACUAGCCAAGUCCUUGCAGCCUCUUUAAGGGGGCACAAGAACAUUAUCUCCACCAUUUAAGCUGUGAUAAUAUCAUGUUUGAUUGAAGUAAAUAAAAAAAUCUAAAAGUAAAGAUUUAAAAGGGGUUUCUGAGGCUGAUUGGUUUACUCCUCAGUAGUGUUGGUUUGAAACAUUGCUUUGAGUGUAGAAUUCUUCCUGUGAGGAUGCUAUCCAUUGCCUUCUGGGAGGUGGGUGAUACAGAAAUGCACAGAGGGGCACCUUUGGUCUUCCUAAACUAUCAACCACUGAAAAGUUGCCAAAUGACAUAUAAAUUGUGUUGGUUUGACUUGUAACAAAAAUUGUAAGUAAUAACAAAUCUGUAAAUGAGAGGUAUCUAUCAGGUCCCAUUGUAACAUGAACAAUUACAUAGUCCUUUAAGUGUAUUUCUAAUGCCAAAUUUUUGUGUUCAGAUUUUCAUUUUCCUCAUGUUUUGUUCAUUGAAAUGAUAACAUAUUUCAUAUCUGUCUAAGCUUUGUUUUGCUUUUUCAUAUUUCUGAUGUUUAUGAUUUUAAGGGCAAUACCAUCUUUUUGAAAUAUACUUCUUUCUGUUCUGCAUAUUGUAAAUUUCAUUUGCUUCCCCGAGUUAAAUAGUAUAGGGAAAUGCCAGAAGAAAGUGGUUAUAAUUUGUUGAUAGGAUUUAAAGAAAUAAGGGAAAUAAUUGGAAGAUUGAACAUGGGGAUCAUUCAGAUGUUGCAGGUUAUCUUUGAUAGUGUUAAUUGACUCCUUUCAGAAAAUAGCCUUAUCUUUUUGUGAGAGGGGAAAAAAUGAAAGCAUUGUGAGACAUUUUAUGCUAGUUAAAUCCAUUUGCUUUCUGUGUAGAGUUAUGUCCAAUUUGACCGAGUUGAAGUCUGUGGUGCAGAUUUUGCUGUGUCUCUGCAGGUUUAAGUGAUCAACUUAUAUCCCAGUAUGAACUUGCUUUGUACACAAAUGUCAGAAAAGAUAAGUUACAGGUAUACAUGUAUGUGUUUGUAUUCUUUAUAUAUGAGAAGCCUAUCACAAUCUAGUGUCAUGGUAAGAGGAUAUAUUGUACUUUAGAAGAAAGUUGCUUUUUUCAUUGCAUAUUUAUAUUGAUUCAUAAAUACAUUCAACUAAAUGUCUGAUUGUUCUAACAUAAUGUGUUUGAUAUUUCAAAAAAAUGUUAAUAGAGAGAUAUAAAUAAAGUGAAGAAUUGUGAAA